AUGUCGUCGAACAACGUUUCCAAGGACGCCCAGAACCUCGCCAACGACGCCUCGAACAAGGCCCAGCAGGCUGGCAAGGACGCUCAGAACAAGGCCGGCGAGAUCGCCAACGAGGCUCAGAAGCAGGGUGACUCGCUCCUUAAGGAGGUCACCGACCUUGCUUCCAACACCAUCGCCUACGUCCAGGAGACUGCUGGCUCGCUCCUCGGCCAGGGCAAGAAGCACGCCCAGAACGCUGCUGACCAGACCAAGGCUGCUGCUGACGACGCCUCGAAGGAGGCUUCCAAGCAGACCGACUCUGCCGCCAAGGAUGGCGAGCAGGCUGCUGAGGAGGCUAAGCAGACCCUCAUCGGCUUGACCAACCAGGCCCGUGACCUUGCCUCGCACACCCUCGAGUCGGCCAACCAGUACAUCAAGCCUUCUCAGGACCAGGGACUGGUCAACCAGGCCCGUGGCACCGCCGCUGCCGUCAUCGACCAGGUCUCGCACAUCAUCGCCACCGGUCAGACCAAGUCAGGCAACAACGUCGCCGACGAGGCCAGCAAGCAGGCUCACCAGGCUCUCGACUCGGCCUCCCAGACCGCCGGUCAGGCGCAGAAGAACGCCCAGAACGCCGGCCAGCAGGCCUCCCAGGCGCUCAGCGACGCUGCUGCCCAGGCCAAGGGCACCGUCCAGAGCGCUACCAAGUAA